UUGUCACUUACGUUCCACGAGUACUAAAAAGUUCUUCUAACUUUUAAUGCUGUUCAAGACUAUUGCGUACAUAUAUAAUAAGUAUUUACAUAUCUGUAGUUUUACACUAUUUAUAUCAUAUUAUCAUACAAAUAUAAUGAACAGAAGUAAAUUUAAUUAAUUAAAGAUGGGAGAGAAGGUGGUUAGUUACUUAUGGAUGCUCGCCUGCAUCUUAAUUGCCACUGCUGGAGCUCGUGAUUUUGAUUGGAAUGAGGCCGCUAAUGAGGAGUUGAGCUUCACCGACUGCUGGACUAGGAGCAACCCAUCAAAAAAAUCCGGAUUCCCAAAACCUGUCUUUAAUUUUGAGAAGGAAAACUUAAGCUUCAAAGGCUGCGGUAAUUGGUAUGGAAAAAAUGACGGAAAACUCGCUCCGUGGCACGUUUUACUCUACAGGCGUUUUUGCCCCGGUGUGGUUUUGUCAGAUCGAACUAUCAUUACAACAAAUGGAAACAGGUGCGCUUACGUGCUUGAGACGUUCAAGGAGACGCAAGAGAAAAUAACAAUAUUCGGCGGCGAAUGUGCUGAUAAAAGGAACGAAGACACUUGCUACAUGUUCAGAGGUUUGCUGCGCCAAAGGGUGAUAAUAUUUCCUAAUCACACUCAUAUGGUUUUAUUUGCGAAUUUGAGUGAGGUGAUUGACGUAAAAAAAGUUGUCAUCAACAUCGGCAGUUUUUACUCACAGUCCAUAUAUCUGUGGGAAGUUGACAUCAGUCUGAAGUUCACGCCGAGCUUGCAGCCUGCCUGCCUCUGGAACAGCGGAAACGAAAAUGAUCACGUGACGGAAAAGUUUUACCAUACCAAUGUUAAAGUGGUCAAGCCAAAUUCCCGUUUAUCAUCAGAUUUCUUACAAGAAGAAAAGUGUUUUGAAGACAGUACAGUAAAAAAGUGGCAAUGUGACCUCUACGGCAAUUCAAUCUGCACGGAUUUUGGCUCAAAGAUAACAACAAAUAGAGGGUCAUUCUUAUUCAUUGAACGGCGAGGUCGCUUCUACUUGCGAGCUUCGAUUGGUAUGGCUAAUGAAAUCAACAAUGAUAUUCUUGCAUGGCUCGACUUGGUACCUUAUUUGAGGCGCAUUGUUGCUGCGUCGGCCAACCUGGCGAUGAUGCCAGAAAUCCCCGAUUUGAUAAAGAAGAGAAUAGAUUUCGGUGCUACUCAGAGUUUUGAAAAUUGCGGUCGCCAACCAAGACGACCACGGAGCAGAAGAGAGACGGACGACAAGGCGCCGGCGGGUGGUUUCAUUGUUGGAGGCCGAAAUGCGGUCAAAGGGCACCACCCUUGGCACGCCAGUAUGUCGCGCGAAACGAACCUCGGCGUUAAUAUUCCUGAUUUUUGCGGCGCCACCCUCGUCACCAAAACGACUCUUGUCACUGCCGCGCACUGCCUUGUUGGCAAUGAUGGCCCUCGGUAUAAUAUUUCUGAAUUAUAUGUGACGCUCGGGAUGCACAGCUCGCUGAGUGAGAAUGAAAAUUCGCGACAAUAUUUCGCGGUUCUGGAUAUUGUGGUGCACCCCAAUUAUACUGGAGGUUUCAUCAACGACAUUGCCCUAAUUGAAUUGGACGACGAAGUCGAAGUUACUGAAUUUGUGCGGCCGAUUUGUUUGUGGAACUCGGACCACGACCUGGACAAAAUCACCAACAGGACGGGCACGGUGGUCGGCUGGGGUCACACGUCCAACCAGACGUACUCGGACAUUCUGCAAAGAGCCGAACUGAAAAUUGUGUCGUACGAGGAAUGCUACGAUAGCAAAAAGUUAUUCUUCUCCGUCCACUUGAAGCCGAGGGGAAAUUUUUGCGCAGGAUUCAUCCACAACAACACCGGCGCGUGUAAAGGCGACAGCGGCGGCGGGUUUUCUUUGUACGACCGCGAGCCUGAUCUUCACUUUUUGCGCGGCGUCGUCAGCCUGGGUCGCUUGAGGGAUGUGCCGUGGAGCAGCGAGAAAUCUUGCGAUCCUAAGUUCUACGCUCUUUACACCGACGUCACCACUUAUAUGCAGUGGAUUGUUGAAAACUCGCCUGGCAUCAAUAAAAAAUCCCCGCUUUCUUAAACCUGUGUCUUAUCUCUACCAACAAUUUAUUGUAACCAACUUUUGUAAUAUUUUUUAAUGAUAAUGAAGUACCUUCUUUAUUCAGAUUUUUUGUCCAAUUUUGGAAAUUCAAUCAUUAAAAUAAAACACAAUUUUCAUUAAUUAUUAGAGGAAACAUAAAAAAAAAUCCUAACAAAAGUUUAUAAUUAACUUGGUUAGUUAGGAAACUUUUUGUGACCACAAUCCGCGAUAAAUCCCAGAAUCUGAUGCCGCUCCUUUAGCAAAAAGCGUCAAAUUAAAGGUUAAAUUCUCCUUCAGUUUUGCAGUGUGAAUAUUAAACAGCUCUAAAUGCUGUGUUAACCAUGUUUUUUUUGUGGUUUUCCGUUUGUACACCAAAUUACUCAGCAACAGAAGUCAUCUUGUGUAUAUCGUGAGAAAUCGCAUUUCCAAGAAAGCGCUUCAUGGAAAUAGUAAGGGCCUCAUCCCAUCCACAAAAAAUGCACAGCGGCAAACAUCAUCAUCUUUCCUCUUGUCUAAUUGUUUCUUGCCUUCCUUUAUGACGGUUUAAUUUUUAAUUAACAUUUAGGAAGCUUUUAUAAAUCAUGCAUGGAGAUUUAGAUGUAUUUGUUUAAAUUUUAAAUAUAAUAAAUUUAAUAAUAAUUAAAAAGCUAUUUUUACAAUUAAUAUUUAUGAUUUUAACUUACUGAUACAUUUUUUGCGUUC